CACUCUUGGUUGAAUACUGUGGGGUUCGAUUCGUUCCCGAAGGUUAGCCGAAGUUUGACAGCUUCCCCGCUCCCUUCUACCCUUACGUCCCUUCUGCACCAACAAUCGUCCACAAAGCCAGAACGGAAUACAGCUUUUGGCCGGCCCUUUGCUGCAAAAAGCGAGCAAUUUAGCGUUCCUUUGUAAUUAUAGCUCUAAAAUAGUUAAAGACGCAUUAGAAGUGCAGUAAAGUCAGUGACCAAUAGUUGGUAUAUAGUUACCUUUUUAAGUUUUAACACAGCCCUACGUUAGGUGUGCAAGCUAUGAAUCAGGAAGAUUACCCGAGUGAUUGCGAUGCUAGUGAUGCAGAUUUUCGCCCGGACGAGGAGGAGCCAGAUACCGGAAGUGAACUAGAUUCGAACGACGAAGAACCGGAAGAUCAAUCCACUGCACCGAAAGGUAGUCAGAAGCGUAAACGAAAAUCAAAUACCACUAGCAGAAAGCGCACAAAGGGUAGGGAUAAACCCCCGGCAAAAGCUCACCAGGGGAAAGCUGCACAGUCCGAGGACGAGGAAAAGGACGAUGAACUGGACGAGGAAGAAGAGAAACGAAGGACGGAUGCUUUGUGGGCGGAUUUUCUAGGCGGUGGUAGCAGCAGCAGCAGCAGUACCACCAAUGUGGAAAAGACCCCUAAAGCAAAGGUAGCGGAGGUGAAAAAAUCAGUUCCGGAAGUAAAAUCCACACCCACGGCGAAAGCGCCAGAGAACAAAAAGCCAACAGUGGCUCAACUGUUUGAAUUUGCUGGUGAACAGAUUGUCCUGACGGAAGACACUAACGGUAAGUCUAAUGAAGCGGUGUCCACCGUACCGAAGCCAGCGGCACCGAAAACUGUUGCACCGCGUGCUGGUGGCGGCUUAGGCUCAGUAUUAAGUCAAAUCAGUAAGAAAACGCAGCUAAGCACGCUGGAGAAAACGAAGCUCGAUUGGACGAGCUUCAAGCGGUCGCAGGGUAUCGAAGAAGAGCUGCAGACACACAACAAAGGAAAGGAUGGAUUUCUCGAGCGGCGCGAUUUUCUGGAGCGUACCGAUUUGCGCCAGUUCGAGAUAGAGAAAACGUUCCGCCAGACGAAGCGAAGCAACCGAUAAUGCGAUUGCCAGCGGGUGUGGUGUGGUGCAUUUAAUUCCAGCUACGAGCCAGCUCCGUUCAAUCGUUCAGUACUACGUAACAUAGAACCUGUCCAAACUCAAUAAUGCUAAAGUUAUACGUAUAGUCGGGAUCGACGUAAUCGAUGCGUAUCUGUCUUAACCGUAUCCGGUCGUGUAUGUAUCGACAAUGUAGUUAUAAGCCUUAUCAUUUACACAAUGAAUCCAUAACACAGUACACAUAAUGUAUCAGCAAGCAAAAGGUGACCAAUAAAAGAAAACAAGCUAUUUUAAUCGGAAACUAA